CCACGUCAUCGCCGCCCCUGUCCCCGCCCACAACAACAUCCAACAUGGCGGCGUCUGUUCGCGAGAAGCAGACAGUGGCUCUGAGGCGCAUGCUGAACUUCAACGCUCCUCCUGUGAAGAACACUGCAGCAGAGCCAGUAUGGAAGGUGCUGAUCUACGACCGCUUCGGUCAGGACAUCAUCUCACCUCUGCUGUCCGUCAAAGAGCUGCGAGACAUGGGCAUCACGCUGCACCUGCUGCUUCACUCCGACAGAGAUCCCAUUCCCGAUGUCCCGGCCAUCUACUUUGUCAUGCCCUCAGAGGAGAACAUGGACAGGAUCUGUCAGGACUUGAGGAACCAACUGUACGAGUCGUACUACCUGAACUUCAUCUCCGCCAUCAGUCGAAGUAAACUGGAGGACAUCGCCAGCGCCGCUCUGGCCGCCAACGCCGUCAGCCAAGUGACCAAGGUGUACGACCAGUACCUGAACUUCAUCACUCUGGAGGACGACAUGUUCAUCCUGUGCCACCAAAACAAGGAGCUCAUCUCCUACCACGCCAUCAACAGAGGGGACAUCCUGGACACGGACAUGGAGGCCAUCAUGGACACCAUCGUGGACAGCCUCUUCUGCUUCUUCGUCACGCUGGGAGCUGUGCCCAUCAUUCGUUGUCCCCGUGGUAACGCAGCAGAGAUGGUGGCCGUGAAGCUGGACAAGAAGCUCCGGGAGAACCUGCGCGACGCCAGGAACAGCCUCUUCACAGGAGACAACAUGGCCGCCGGACAGUUCAGCUUCCAGAGACCUCUCUUCGUCCUGGCCGACCGCAACAUGGACAUGGCCACGCCCCUUCACCACACCUGGACCUAUCAGGCGCUGAUCCACGACGUGCUGGACUUUCACCUGAACAGGGUGACCAUGGAGGAGGGCGCGGGGGCGGAUCCGUCUCCCGCCGGCGCCAGACCCAAGAAGAAGAGCAGGAGGACGCUGGACCUGACGGCCGCCGACAGGUUCUGGCAGAAGCACAAGGGCAGUCCCUUUCCAGAGGUGGCGGAGUCGGUCCAGGAGGAGUUGGACAAGUACAGGGCGCAGGAGGACGAGGUCAAACGUCUGAAGAGCAUCAUGGGCCUGGAGGGCGAGGACGACGGCGCCAUCAGCAUGCUGUCAGACAACACCGCCAAGCUCACCUCCGCCGUCAGUUCUCUGCCUGAGCUGCUGGAGAAGAAGCGUCUGAUCGACCUGCACACCAACGUGGCCACGGCCGUGCUGGACCACAUCAAGACUCGAAAGCUGGACCUUUAUUUUGAAUAUGAGGAGAAACUGAUGAGCAAGUCCACUUUGGACAAAUCCCUGCUGGACAUCAUCAGUGACCCUGAUGCCGGCACUCCAGAGGACAAGAUGCGACUCUUCCUCAUCUACUACAUCACAGCCCAGCAGCCUCCUUCUGAGGCAGACUUGGAGCAGUAUAAAACGGCUCUGUUGGACGCCGGCUGUGACCUUUCCCCUCUGGGCUACAUCAAACAGUGGAAGGCCUUCACCAAGAUGGCCACCACUCCAGCCAACUACGGCAACAGUGGGGUGAAGCCCAUGGGCCUCUUCUCCAGAGUGAUGAACAGCGGCUCCCAGUUGGUCAUGGAGGGAGUGAAGAACCUGGUGCUCAAACAACACAACCUUCCCGUCACCCGGACCCUGGACAACCUGAUGGAGAUGAAGUCCCACGCUGAAACAGACGACUAUCGCUACUUUGACCCCAAGAUGCUGCGAGGCAGCGAGAGCUCCGUUCCCAGAAACAAGAACCCGUUCCAGGAGGCCAUUGUGUUUGUGGUGGGAGGAGGAAACUACAUCGAGUACCAGAACCUAGUUGACUACUCUAAAUCCAAACAGGGCAAGAAGAUCAUUUAUGGCUGCAGUGAACUCUUCAAUGCCGCUCAGUUCAUCAAACAACUGUCACAGCUGGGCCAAAAGUGAGGCGGACCCUCAAGAAGAAGAAUGGCGGUCCUUUUGUGUAUACUGUCAACGUGAAUAAAAUGACUCAACGCAC